AUGCCCAAGGCCUGUGGCCAAGCCUACUGCUAUGAUCCCCUGACCCGGGGCUGUGUUUUCUGUUUCUUGCUCCAGAUCUCAGAGAAAGUGUCCGAGGAGGUGAGCCCAGCCCCGGGCACCAGCCCACCACCCCCGGGCUCUGCCACGGCAGGCCUGGCCUCCGCCUCGCCCUGGGCCGCGCUGCUGGAACCCCUGCUCACCUACGGCAUCCCAACCCUGGCUGGCCUGGCUCUGGCCCUGGUCCUCUGCGGGGUGGUCAGCGUCCAGCUGCGGAGGAGGAAGAGGUCGUCCAUCCCCCCCAUCACCACCACCAGGAUCGCCGAGGGGGCCACCGAAAAUGUGGAGUGCAGCUACAUGCCCCCUGCCAGUGAGGCCCAGGCCGGGGUCCCUCCAAACCCCACCUCAGACCCAGACCAGUCCCCCGCCAAUGGCAGCUUCCACCCUUGGGAUCCCCCGGCCCAGGAGAGCGGCGGGCACCUGGCCUCGGCACCCCCGCUAGACAACCUGGGGGAGCCGAGCCACGGCGUCCCCGUGCCGGCCACGGAGCUGGGGGCCACCGUGCUGGUCACCACCAAGACCAUCCAGGAGGCCGGGGAAGGCCUCACGCCCCUGUGAAGGGAACCGAGGUCGUGGGCCGCUGCCCGUCCCCGCGGCCUCUGCCCCUCCCCAAGUUGUCCAGCCUUGCUCCUCUUCGCACAGACCUUCCUUCCCAGAGCCUCCCCCACACCCCAUCCUGCUGGGACCACAGGAAGCCGGCGGAAAUGGCAGCAAGAGGAAUUUUGAUGAGCGUUAAGGAGAUCGUUAUGCCCUGGAACGGACUACUGAGGAAGUUAUGGAGCCCUCGUCCCUGGACGGCUUAAAAAUGAAGACCGGGGGCCUGGCGCUCCAUUCGCUUGCUUGGAGGCAGGGGGCUGGACCGGAUGACUCCUGAGAUCCCCCCCCUACAGCCCUUGGAGCCAGCGAAAGAGGAGAGGGAAGAGGGGAGGAGGUCAGAGCAGGCAGGGAUUCAACUCAGAAGCUGUGUCUGUGGUGAAUGAUGGCGAGGGGGUGUGGCUGUGAGGGCAGGAAGAUCCCCGGCUGCCCCUGGAACCUCGAGUGGGAAGUCCUGCCCAACCAGGAUUUGGAGCAUCUAAAGGGACAGGACUGGGGCCUUUUGGGGUCUGUCUCUAAUUUGGUCCAGUUGGGACCCCCCCACGGACAACGGGGCAUUACCUCUCUGGGAGAAACGGCGGCGAAGCGGGAGACUGACCUCAGGCACCGAACCGCUUCACUCCGACCCCCACCCGUGGUUGAACUCAGUAGCAGGGGCCGGGGGCAGCCUCUUAACCCUUCUGCCUGUUCCAUGUGGCCUGCCUUGCUGCCUGCCGGGAAUCUCUGCCUUUCUGCCUCCUUCCCAGUAGCCACAGGAAGCACUGGAUCAGCUCCACAAGCAUCUGGAGGUAGGGAGCCGAGGGCCCCUUCCAGCUUUCAAUUGGCCACAAACAGGCCAGGGUCAACGUUUGACCAGUAAAGAACACCCGUCCAGCUGGAGCCCCACAGGGAAUGAACGCAUUAUGGGAUCAGACCCACCUGGACUCAGCAGCCCCCAGCCCACCACUGCCUGGUCAUCUGGCUCUGGACAGGACCCCAUCCCGGCUGGCUCCAGCGAAACACUGGACAAGAAAGAAGAGGCUUUGGUCUGGGCCUUCUCCCUCUCUUUCCAGGCACUCUUUCCUCGCUCCAUCCUGGGGGAUUCAGGGGGACACUCAGUCACUCCGUGACGUGGAACGGCCCAUCCUGCCCCUUCCGGGUCACUCUAGCCCACCGCAUUUUUUGGAGUCACAUCAGGCCAGAGGGAGACACAAAGGAAAAAGCUGCCAAUGGAGAUCUGGGAUCUGUGGGGAUGGCUCCGGGACAGAUUCCUAGCCUCCUCUCCUGGAGUCCAGCGAGAUGCUGCGGCAUCCUGAACCUCUGAGGGCUCCUCAGGAGGGGACAAGGGAGAACAGGGGUGGGAAACCCAGAAGCAGCCCAGUCCCCACAGCUGUGGUGUGGGUAACGAAGAUCUCUCUGAAGCCAGAACAUGGUGGGUCAGGGAGAGGG